UAAUAUUAUUAUUAUUAACCUUGUUAAGUAAAUAUAUUAUACGGCUUUGAACCACGAAUUAAAAUAAACCAACGACUUAUUACUUAACUAUAUUUUAAUUUUUUAACUACAAUAUUAGUAUAGAAUAUUGAUCCGACCUGCCCGCUACCGUAUGGCGCAUGCAAGUUGUGUACAUAUUACCAUGAAAAAAUGAGUAGUAUAAUAGAUUAAUGAUUUUAUCAUGCUUUGUAUAACUGUGCUCAAUAAUCGCUAUCCGCUGGCUGCAGCCAGACGUGAUUCGUGUUUGUAUAAUUAUAUCAUUUAAAGUUUAUUUACUUAGCUAAACACCGUCUAAUCGGUAACGACGAAAUCACUAAUUUUUACGACGCAGUGGGUGAUGUGCAAAAUGGAAACAGAAACGAUGACAUUUACGGACAUGGUUCAUGACCGCCAUAAAUUGAAACAACCGACCAAAGUGCUGCUGACUUUAAGCAACGUAUUGUUGCCCAAGGAGAAGAUCACGUCCACACCGUCAAUGCUCGAUGGGUUGGAUUUCGAGACCGAAGUCGACCUAAGGAUCGUCGGCUGCGAGUGGAUUCAGACCGCUGGCAUACUGCUCAAACUACCCCAGGUUGCAAUGGCAACGGGACAAGUAUUGUUUCAACGAUUUUACUACACAAAAUCGUUUGUUCGCCACCCAAUGGAAAUAACUGCAAUGGCAUGCACAUGUUUGGCUUCUAAAGUUGAGGAAUCACCACGACGUAUUCGUGAUGUAAUUAAUGUUUAUCACCAUAUCCGUCAAGUUUUAAAUCAAAAAUUGAUUACGCCAUUGGUACUUGAUCAAAAUUAUGUACAGAAAAAGACGCAGGUAAUAAAAGCGGAACGACGCGUGCUCAAGGAGCUUGGUUUUUGCGUGCAUGUUAAACACCCGCAUAAACUCAUUGUAAUGUACCUACAGGCACUUGGAUUUGAGAAACAUCAGUCAAUAAUGCAGAUGUCCUGGAACUAUAUGAAUGAUUCAUUACAAACCGAUGUAUUCGUUCAAUUUGAUCCAGAAACUAUUGCUUGUGCCUGCAUUUAUCUGUCGGCCAGGAAAUUACAAAUACCUUUGCCAAAAAGUCCAGCGUGGUACUGUUUAUUUAAUUCAAAUGAAACAGACAUCCAGGACAUCUGUCGUAAAAUACUCAAACUUUAUCUUAGGCCAAGAGUAAUCACGGAAGAUUUGGAAAGGCGAGUGGAAGAAUCAAAGAAAGAAUAUGAUUGUGCUAAGGAGAAAGCUAAAGAAGCUAUUGUUUAUCCAGUAGUACAAACUGAUCUAGUUAUACCCACUCCUAAUAAUGGAAUAACUGCUGCUGUUCCAAGAAAUAUUAGUUCAACCACCACAAAUAAAAAACCAAUCAAAAAAAGGAGUAGAAGUAGAACUCCUUUGGAAAUUAAGUCUAGAAGUAAAAGUCCAAGACAAUUAAAGAAAUCUAAGAAAAGAAAAUUAGUACCUACUUACAGAGACUAUAAAGAUUACAAAGAUUACAAAGAUUACAAAGAUUAUAGAAGCAAUGAAAAUUAUAAAUCCAAGACUAGGAAUUACAACUACCGUAAAAAAUAUUAAUUAAAGCUAUGAAUAGUAGUAUACUUAUAAUCUACCAUUUGAAAUGUGUUUUAUUAAAACAUUGCUUGUUUAUUAAAUUCCAUA